AUAUAUAAGUGCUGUAGUCGCCCUCAAUGGUCUUUCUCGCAACGGGUUUGCCACCAGAACACAGGUGUUGUGAAAACCACAGCUAAGUGCCAGCUGAAAUGGGAGAGGAAAAGACUCACAUCAACAUCGUCGUCAUCGGACACGUAGACUCGGGCAAGUCCAACACCACUGGCCACCUGAUCUACAAAUGUGGCAGCAUCAACAAGAGAACGAUCGAGAAAUUUGAGAAGGAGUCUGCCGAGAUCGGAAAGGGCUGCUUCAAGUACGACUGGGUAUUCGAUAAACUGAAAGUGGAGCGUGAGUGUGGCAUCACCAUUGAUACCUCGCUGUGGAAGUUCAAGACCAGCAUGUACUACGUGACCAUGAUUGAUACUCCAGGACACAGAGACUUUAUAUGUGUUAUAAUUAUAAAGAAUUUGUAA